CGGGCCUUCCUGCCCAGCGCGGAUCGAGGCCGGGCUUCGGCCGGAGCGCCCAGGAGCAGCCGGGUCCCGACUCCAGCCAUGGAGCCGGCCUUCGGGGAGGUGAACCAGCUGGGCGGCGUCUUCGUCAACGGGCGCCCUUUGCCCAACGCCAUCCGGCUCCGGAUCGUGGAGCUGGCCCAGCUGGGCAUCCGUCCCUGCGACAUCAGCCGCCAGCUGCGGGUCUCGCACGGCUGCGUGAGCAAGAUCCUGGCCCGCUACAACGAGACGGGCUCCAUCCUGCCGGGGGCCAUCGGGGGCAGCAAGCCCCGCGUCACCACCCCGACGGUGGUCAAGCACAUCCGGACCUACAAGCAGCGCGACCCGGGCAUCUUCGCCUGGGAGAUCCGCGACCGCCUCCUGGCCGACGGCGUGUGCGACAAGUACAACGUGCCUUCGGUCAGCUCCAUCAGCCGCAUCCUGCGCAACAAGAUCGGCAACCUGGCCCAGCAGGGCGCCCACCACUUCGAGGCCUACAAGCAGCACCACCAUCACCACCACCACCACCCCCAGGCCGCCCCGCAGCCCGCCCUGCCCUACAACCCGCUCUACUCCUACCCCAGCCCCAUCGCGGCCUCGGGCGCCAAGGGGCACACCCCGCCCGGAGUGCCCACCCUCCACAGCGCCGUCCACUUGCCCCGCACCUGGCCCUCCUCCCACUCCGUCACCGACAUCUUGGGCAUCAGGUCCAUCACGGAUCAAGUGAGCGAGAGCUCUCCAUACCACAGCCCCAAGAUCGAGGAAUGGAGCAGCAGCCUCAGCAGAAGCGGGUUCGCAGCCACGGCUCAACACAUGGCGGUGAAUGGCCUGGACAAAGGCUCCCUGGAGCAAGAAGCCAAGUACAGCCAGGCACCAAAUGGCCUUCCAACAGUUGGAAGCUUCGUCUCUGCACCUGCUAUGGCACCAUACCCCACCACAGCACAGGUGUCCCCUUACAUGGCAUACAGUGCUGCUCCUUCUGGUUACGUAGCUGGCCAUGGCUGGCAACAUGCUGGAGGGACUCCACUUUCCCCCCACAAUUGUGAUAUCCCAGCAUCACUGACUUUCAAGGGCAUGUCGACAUCCAGAGAAGGUAGUCAUUCGGUCACAGCCUCUGCACUCUGAUAUCAGAAGCAUGGCAGAACAAUUUUAGUCCAGCCCUUCCUCUUGUUGUCUCACUUUUCCCAAAAUUUCUUCACACAGAAUGACGUUGUGGGUUGGUGAUAUUUCAACUAUUUUUCUCCAUGACAGUUUGCUUCCAAAAAGGAUGGGUGGGGAGAAAAGAAAGAUCAUGGAUGUUCCAUAAGUGUAAAUAAUGUAAGGAAGUAAUACAUGUGUUAUUGCACUGUUUUGCAUAAAGAAGAUCUUACAACCCUCAGAGGGCUUGUUGUGUGACUAUUUGAUUGGUAAAACCACACAUAUUUAUUCUGAAUCAACGUGACCUUCUCUAUGUGCAAUUGCUUCAGAUUUUGGGGGUAAAAACAGUCAAGGAAACUGAAAACUGCAACAAAACGGAAGUUCUCUUCUGGAUCACCCAGUAGUUCUUAUCUUGAAAUGUAUGGACAAGUGAACAGUUGUUUUUGGUUAACAGAUUACUUUUUAUAAGUAACGAAUUGUAGAACCAAAUGAUUACACAACUCUGUUAUUUAUCUUGUAUUUUAUUGUGAUUACAAAGGCAGUAAUACUUUUGUUUUCUAUAUGUAAAUAUGGGUCUGGGUCAUAAUUUGUCUUUCCACUAUCCAGCUGUUGUCUGUUUUCUUUUUCUUGUUAGAAACAGUUUGUAGGGAUUUUUUUGUGCAUUGGGUGGAGGCACACACAUCUCAGAAAGAGAAUUUGGGUUCUUCAAUAGAGAACUGAAACUGACCAAUUUUGGAUCCCAGUGGGCUGAAUCUGCAAAUCUCCAGUGGGUUGAAAUUGACAUUCACUGGAAAGUCUUACUACUGGGAGAGGGAAAGGCAUAUUUCCUUGUUUUUCCUUCUCCUUGUAACUUCAAUCCUCUCAUCCCUUCCAAAUGGCUUCUCACAUUUUACUGGAGGGUAUCUUAACCCACCACUGCCGAUUUUCAGGAGCAAUGAGCAGAAGUAAAAUAGAAUUAAGUGAAAAUCCCUUCCUCUUGUGAAUGGAUGUUCAUCAUUGGAAAUUUGGAUUUAACUCACUGAUUUUAAUUGGUCUUUAGCUCAACUCAUUCUUUGGAUUGUGGCUCAGUUUUUUAUAGGUUAUCCCAGGAUCAAAAAGGAAAAUUGCACUGCCCUAAUAUGAAAGAAACAUAGAGAGAAAGGAUCCAAACAAAACGACAGCUUGCAUUAAAUGUGAAAUUUUGUGCAGAGUUUUUAAUCACCCAAGGGCAGAAUCUACCAGGAAUUUCUCCAGUUUAAACAUGGCAAAAUUCUUGUGCACUUCAUAUUCAUUCCAGUGGGUGUUUAUGUGAAUUUUGCCCCAAGUUAACCAAACCACUGUGAAAGAGAUUGUACUGUAUUUUUUCCCCUUGGCUCACCUGUGUUCAAUAGCCCUAGCCCCCAAAUUUAUGCUGACAUUGAAAAACAAACAAAACAAAAAAGAAAUUUUGUCCCUAAUUCUGGCUUUAUUGAAUGUAAAAAAACUUUUGGUAAAGUUUACAUUAUUGUACAUAAGCAUUUUUCGCUCCUGGGUAUAUUGGUGGUGGUA